CUUCCGCGCCGGGCUCGAUCCAGGGCGUCCCAGCUACGUCCCGCCACCCCCACCCCCGCAGUCGCCGGGGCAGGGGCGAGGCCCAGGGAGCAGCGGGGCUGCCAUGGCGGAGCCAGAGGCCACGGCCGAGGACCUGGACGCCCUCAUCGACGACCUGGACUACCUGCCGGGCCACUUCCACCUGGAGAUGCAGCUGAACUUCGAGCCGCGCUCGCCGGCCUCGCUCCGCGCCCGGGACCUGAAGCUGCAGCGGGACGGCUUGCGGCAAGAGCUCAAGCUGGCGGCCGCCCCGCAGCGCCCCGCCGUGCGCCACCUCCUAGGCACCUUCGCCUUCUACCUGGACGAACUGGACGAGGCCCGCGAGCUCUUCCUCGAGGUGGCCCGCGAGGACCCGGGCAACCUCAACGCCUGGGCCAACCUGGCGCACGUGUACGGGCGGCUGGGCCAGGAGGAAGAGGAGGAGGCGAGCGCCGGGCGGCUGGCUGGCCUCAUGGGCCUGGCGGCGGAGCGCGAGGCGCCGGGGGACCCCCAACGCCGGGCGGCGCGCUGCCUGGCCGAGCAAGGCUAUGCGCACGGCUUCGACGUGGGCUGCGCCAGCCCGGAGGAGCGGGCACAGGUGCUGGCCGCCGGCAUCGCGCUCUACGACAAGGCGCUGGGCUACGGGCAGCAGAUCCCAGUGGAGGAGAAAAGGGGCUGGUACUUCACCAUGGCAACGCUCUUCAUCAGGCUAGAUGGCAUCUUCCUGGAAAUGGGCAGCGAGGAGCAGAAGAGGCUGCCCGCCUUCAACCGCACGCUGGCCCUGCUCCGGCAAGUGCUCAAGUCCUCAGACCCCCACCACCAAGCUCUGGCCUGGUGCUACCUCGGGAUGCUGCUAGAGAGGAAGGACACCUUCUCCACCACCCCCAUGGGUGUCCACGACUGCGGGUACUCGGGAACCGACCCCCUGGACUGCUUUGGCAAGGCUAUUGAGAUAGCCAAGGACCAACCCCCCAUCCUGAAUCGCCUGGCCAAAAUCUUCCACUUCCUAGGAAAGCAGGACAUGGCCAUUGGAACCUGCAACAUGGCUCUAGAUAUCCUACGAGAUCCGGAGCUCAACUGGCAGGCAUACUGCACAAGGGCCAAGAUCCACCUCAGAGCCUACCUGCACGACCUGGAGCGAGCCAAGAUGGGGCUCGGGGGCAUGCCUGACAGGAACCACCUGUCCUGCGCCAAGGCCGAUCUGGAGGAAGUGGUCAAGGUGUGCCCAAGCCUCAAGACCUACCUGGACAUCGGCCAGGUCUACUACUACAUGGGUGUGGACGCCGUGCAGGAGCUGCUGGCGGUGGACGAGGCGGCGCUGAACCAGGCGCUGGUCUUCCUGGCCAAGGCCGGCGAGUCGGAGCUGGGCGCCACCUUGCCCGAGCUGCAGCUGCUGCGCGGCAAGUGCCUGCGCAUCAAGGGCGAGGAGGCCAACGCGGCGGCCUGCUUCAAGCGCGCCGUGGAGCUGGACGACGCGGGCUCCAGCCACACCGAGGGCUUCGGCUGCCUGCUCGAGGCGCUGCUGGCGCAGUGGAGCGAGGCGCAGCUGAGCGACGCCGAGCUGGGCCGCGAGGUGGACGCGUGGCUGCGCCACGCCCAGGGCAAGUACCCCGCGGCGCGCCUGCGCCAGGAGCUGCAGCGCGUGUGGCGCGGCCACACGGGCGAGGUGCUGGGGCUGGCCCGGGCCCUGGUGGCCCAGGGACGGCCGGCGCUGGUGCGGCUACUCUUUGAGACCAUGGAGCAGGACGGCGACGUCGCAGGCGUGCCGCGGGGCCGCCGCGCCUUCUCUCUCUGAGGGGCGUCGAAGCCCCGCCCCGUCGAGGCCCCGCCCUACCUACAGCCGAUUGGGCGCUCAAAACGGGCCUGCCCUGCCAUAGGCUGGCGGGUGAGCGGAGCCAAUUAGAUUCUCUUCCGGGAAUUGGGAUGGGGCGGUUGAGACACGAGGGCAGGUUGGCCUGCCCGCAGAGCCACAAAGGCCCUGCUCGGGAGAGCCGCUGAGGUGGGGGCAGACGCGAGAGACCACCGGGAGACUGCCAUCUAAAGCACUGAAUUGUGCAGAUAUGCAGAAAAAGUAAAAUGGAUGCAAGAUACAGAAGAUAGUUGUCUCCAUUCUGGCGGCCUUUUAGUCCCCGUGCGCAAUCCUCGAGGCCUGAGUGUCUGUCUUUGGAUUGCCGUGAGCCACACUCUACCCUUAUAAUAAAGCCGCCUCUCCAUAAAUUGACCGGAGUGGGUCUCAGGUCCCGCAGCCAGAAAAACCACGCCAGAGCAGAGGGCAAAGCUGCACAGUGAGCAGGUAAGGGCAAGGCAAUAGUCUACACCUGGCUGCUCAGGCCUUUAGCCUACCUGCCUAGCAGUCUCCAGCAGGCCUCAUCUUUGGCCAGCUUGGUCUGAAAUGCCCCCAAACUCCCUGACAUAAAGCCCAUCCAGUAGAAUCUUUGCUUGAUUUCUCUGUUCUUAGGAGAACCUAGGGUCUCCCACCCAUCAGGAAGUGCUACCUGCACCCAGUCGUGGGCCUUCCACAAAAGCGUGAAGAAAGUCUUGGCCUCUUCCCCCUAAGCGGCCUGAGGUGACCUGCGAAAAUGGUUCGCUAUUCGCUUGACCCAGAAAACCCUACAAAAUCAUGUAAAUCAAGAGGUUCAAAUCUUCGUGUUCACUUUAAGAACACACGUGAAACUGCCCAGGCCAUCAAGGAUAUGCAUAUCCGAAAAGCCACCAAGUAGCUGAAAGACAUCACUUUACAGAAGCAGUGUGUGCCAUUCCGUCGCUGCAAUGGUGGAGUUGGUAGGUGUGCCCAGGCCAAACAGUGGGGCUGGACACAGGGUCGGUGGCCCAAGAAGCGUGCUGAAUUUUUACUGCACAUGCUUAAAAAUGCAGAGAGUAAUGCUGAACUUAAGGGUUUAGAUGUUGAUUCUCUGGUCAUUGAGCACAUCCAGGUGAACAAAGCCCCCAAGAUGCGGCGUAGAAUGUACAGGGCUUGUGGUCAGAUUAACCCAUAUAUGAGCUCUCCCUGCCACAUUGAGAUGAUCCUUACUGAAAAAGAGCAGAUUGUUUCUAAACCAGAAGAGGAGGUUGCACAGAAGAAAAAGAUAUCCCAGAAGAAACUGAAGAAACAAAAACUUAUGGCCCGGGAGUAAAUUCUACAGAAUAAAUGCAAAAAAAAAAAAAAGUCUUGGAAUUUUACACCCUUGGACUCAUCAUAGUCAUAGAGUCUUGGAUGUGGAACCUUCUUGUCAAAGACUUAGGCUCUGAUUGCCAGUAAAUCUUAGAAUGGCCAAGCUGGAUUCUUGUGGCCCUACCUACAAGAUCCAGUUUAACCUAAAAUUCCAGAAAAGGUCUUGCCAGACUCCGGGAAUGCUGGUUGUUCAUGACUGCAAUGGCAGGACCCCCAUAAUGGUUUGUGAUUUACUUUGCAUUUUUUCCCUUUCUUUGGAGAGUUAUACGCAUUGCUUUGCUCCUAUCUCUGAUCCUCAAACUUUACCAGGGAAAGGCCAGCACCCUGCAUUGCUUCUCAUGUCUCCAGUGACAGAUGGAGAACAGACUGAGAAGUGCACUCCAAUCCCCUGUGUAGAUGAGAAUCCUGAGACUCCUAGAAGGGAGGUGGCUUGCCCAGAGUCUCACCUCCUAGCCUCCCACCCCUGUACUUCAAACUUAGUGUCAGCACUUUGCAGGUUUGGAAAAAUACUAAUAAAGUGAUUAACACUAAA